UCCACUUGUAACCCUAACUCCCUUUUGCCUAAGAAAUGGGUGUGAUGAUUGAAUCUGUGUUGAGCUGGUUGACGCCUACUGUUCUCUUCUGCGUGUUGAAUGUCACGAUUGCUACUCUUUUCAUUACUUCCACCUUGAGAAAUGACAAGAAACAAGAGGCCGGUGAAGAUCAACUCCCUAGAACUCCAUCUUUGUUACAGCGUGUGAGGUCUGUAAACUUGUCUUUAUUUCCAGAUCCAUUUAAUUAUUCCCCUUUAACUACUUUCUCCCAAAACAGUCCCUCUUUGCUUCAGCGUGUCCGUUCCAUCAAUUUCUCUUUCUCCUCCCAAAAACCCACCCCAUUUCCAUCUCUCGAUGAACAACCACAAGAUGCGGAAGAUUCGAAAUGUCACGUGACAAGAAGCAAAUCCGUCACGUGCGCUGAGGAGGGGAAUCGUAGUCGUCGUGGUGGAGGGAGGAAGUUGUUUGAAAAUGAGGAAGAAGAUGCAGUUGAUAAAAAAGCAGAUGAUUUUAUAAAUAAGUUUAGGGAAGAAUUGAAGAUGCAAAGAGUUCAUUCUAUUUUAAAUAACAAGGAAAUGUUCAAUAGAGGAGUCUCCAUUUAGGACAUUAUUAUAAUUAUAUACAACCAAAUAAUAUUCAAAACUCAAUACAUGUCUCUCUGCUUAUUGAAUUGUAUUCUUUUGCUAUUUUAAUUUCUUAUGAGAAAAGUAAA